CGCCUGCGCACCGGAGGCCGGAGGAGUCUUACCCUAAUGUAAGAUGGUGGCCCGUCUGGCUGUGGAACCCACCGAAAGCUGAGAGUCUGUCUCUCAGCCGUAAAGGUCGGACUCGCUGAAGCAAUCAGGCCCGGUUCUGAAGAGUUUUUUCCCCGACACUCGUUCAGUGGUCUCUUGUGAGGACGCGGCAGCGCGUGGAGUCGGCUAAGGGAAAAGCGAGGCAAGGCAGGCGGGUCUUUGAAGUUCUACAGUUUAGUUCUCAGUGCUGAACUUCCUUCUCCCUUAAGUUAUUAUAAACUUUUGCUGCUGUUCAAUAAUCGUGAAGAUGUCUCGCAGUCCUGAUGCGAAGGAAGACCCUGUGGAAUGUCCUCUUUGCAUGGAGCCCUUGGAGAUAGAUGAUAUCAACUUUUUCCCUUGCACCUGUGGCUAUCAGAUUUGCCGAUUUUGUUGGCAUCGAAUUCGCACUGAUGAAAAUGGGCUUUGUCCUGCAUGUAGAAAGCCAUAUCCAGAAGACCCAGCAGUUUAUAAACCACUCUCCCAGGAAGAAUUGCAGAGGAUAAAGAAUGAGAAAAAACAGAAACAGAAUGAGAGAAAACAGAAAAUAUCAGAAAAUCGCAAACAUUUGGCUAGUGUACGUGUUGUACAAAAAAACCUCGUCUUUGUUGUAGGUCUGUCUCAGCGCCUAGCAGACCCUGAGGUUUUAAAACGACCAGAAUAUUUUGGGAAGUUUGGUAAAAUACAUAAAGUUGUCAUCAAUAAUAGCACAUCAUAUGCAGGCUCACAGGGUCCAAGCGCCAGUGCUUAUGUAACCUAUAUCCGGUCAGAAGAUGCUCUCAGAGCCAUACAGUGUGUCAACAAUGUGGUAGUAGAUGGCAGAACACUUAAGGCAUCUCUAGGUACAACAAAAUACUGCAGUUACUUCUUAAAGAAUAUGCAGUGUCCGAAGCCUGACUGCAUGUAUCUACAUGAAUUGGGGGAUGAGGCGGCCAGCUUCACAAAAGAGGAAAUGCAGGCGGGUAAACACCAAGAAUAUGAACAGAAACUACUUCAAGAAUUAUAUAAAUUAAACCCCAAUUUUCUUCAACUGUCUACGGGUUCAGUUGAUAAGAAUAAGAACAAAGUGACGCCACUGCAGAGGUAUGAUACCCCCAUUGACAAACCUUCAGAUUCUCUCAGUAUAGGGAAUGGUGAUAAUUCACAGCAGAUAUCUAACAGUGAUACGCCUUCACCACCACCUGGUUUAUCAAAAUCCAAUCCUGUCAUCCCCAUCAGUUCAUCCAAUCACAGUGCACGGUCUCCUUUUGAAGGGGCAGUAACUGAGUCACAGUCGUUAUUCUCAGAUAACUUUCGCCAUCCCAACCCGAUCCCAAGUGGGCUUCCUCCUUUCCCCAGCUCCCCACAGACGUCCAGUGACUGGCCUACAGCACCAGAGCCACAGAGUCUCUUCACAUCAGAAACAAUCCCGGUAUCGUCCUCCACAGACUGGCAAGCAGCAUUUGGCUUUGGUUCUUCUAAACAACCAGAGGAUGACUUGGGUUUUGAUCCCUUUGACGUCACUCGAAAAGCCUUAGCAGACCUGAUUGAAAAGGAACUGUCAGUCCAAGACCAGCCUUCCCUUUCGCCCACGUCUCUUCAGAACUCCUCUUCACACACUACAACCGCCAAAGGUCCGGGCUCUGGAUUCCUGCAUCCUGCUGCACCGACAAACGCCAACUCUCUCAAUAGUACCUUUUCAGUCUUGCCACAGAGGUUCCCUCAAUUUCAGCAGCACCGAGCAGUUUAUAAUUCAUUCAGUUUUCCAGGCCAGGCAGCCCGCUAUCCUUGGAUGGCCUUUCCACGCAAUAGCAUCAUGCACUUGAACCACACAGCAAACCCCACCUCAAAUAGUAAUUUCUUGGACUUGAAUCUCCCGCCACAGCACAACACAGGUCUGGGAGGGAUCCCUAUAGCAGGGGAAGAAGAGGUGAAGGUUUCGACCAUGCCACUGUCAGCCUCUUCCCAUUCAUUACAACAAGGACAGCAGCCUACAAGUCUCCACACUACUGUGGCCUGACAACAGAACUGAGAGGAGAGGAUUAGACUCUGGGGUGCUUGCAUGGGCAACCGGAUUUUUGCAUGAUUCCUUUCUGAUUUCGCAUUUAAUGUAUACACCCAAAAGAGCCAAUAUAAACGUUCCUCAUGCCUACAACUAGUGUGUUACCUCAUAGUUGCUAAAGUAUUUCUUCUUUAGGCCUUUAACACUAUUUAUUAGCAUAAUAAUUUUGGCAUUGUUUCUCAUGAGUGAUACUAUCUUUAACUCACACAAAUAAACUUGUAGUACUAAUUAAGAUCCCAGAUGAGAUUAGCUAGAAUUGUUCUUAUUUUGGCUCUAUUAUUGAAAUUAUGCAAAGAUAAUGGUAGUUCCUUGUUUUCUGAUUUGUGAAAAAAAUGGUAAUAUCCUAAUAUACUCAUGAAAAAUUUGAAAAUUUAAGAAGAUAAUGUCUAUUGCAUUUCUUUGAAUACUUGAGAAGAAAGAAUACAUACAACACAAAACUGGUGGUGUCGCUUAAUGCUCAGAAGGAUGUUGUCAGCAUUUAUUUUUAGUUGUAUGGAUUUAUAUCCUAUAUGAAUGCAUUACGUGUUUAGAAACUGUUUUUGUUGUCUCUCAUUUGCACAUUUGCACUUUCUUUCUGAAUGGUUGUUAAUUAUAUACAGAAGGUUAAAAGAUAAUUACUAUAGACUAAAUGCAAUAUCUCUUUUCUAAUGCACUGCCUAGUAUACCAGGAAAUGCCUCAGAAACAGAAUUUCAACUUACAGUUGAUUUAUCAGAAACUUGAAUUUGGGGUAAACAUUGUAUGUAAGAAGCAACCAUAGUAGCGUGACGUUUUUAUGGAACAACUGGUAGUUCUGUGAGAUACCUGUUUGAAACUUCGUUGUUUAAUAAUUGAAAUGUGAUAAUAAAGCUCUAUUACAAGUACCUGGCCAGAAUGAGACUAAGGUGGAGGAGAAGAGAUUGAGGAGCCUCUAAAAUUAGGCCAUGUAAGUUGUCCUAGGAAAUUUUAGUCUCAGAGUAUAGUGGCAUACUCUGUUAGGACAUAAUGUGAAGUGAUGUUUUCGGAUAAUACACACUUUUUUGACAUAGUUUUAAAGCUGAUAAUGAAGGAAAAUAAACAAUUAAAUUCUGAGCGGUGAACAGAAACUGAUUCAGAAAACGUGACCGUAUUCUGCCUACAUGAAGCAUCUGGAAAGAAAGGGGAAAGUCCGCUCUCCUCUUGACAUUUUCAGAAAACAAUUGUGAUAAAAGCUAUGCCUUUAUUUUUUGAAAAAUAUUAAAAGAGUAACAUGAAUACCAAAAAAGGAAGCCUAAGUAUUUAAAAUAAUAAUAAUUUUAAAACAUGUUAUUAGGAAGUGAUACUUAAUAUCAUGUUGGAGUUUUCAAGGGUACCUCUUCAUAUAAAGUCUGAUUAUUUUCUGUUAGGCAUAAUAAGCAAAUUAGAUGGUUUUGUCCUCAGGUAUAGCAGGUAAACUAAAAUCUGUUGUUAGUUAACCUUCGCUUUGGUUAACUGAGCGUGUAGGAAUAGCUAAUUAUCUAGCCAUUUAAAUUUUUUUUUUUUUUUGUAAAAUUCUGCAUAAAUGACAAUCUGUAAUUUCUAUUCAGAAGUGAUUCUAGGGCAGCAUUACAAGAAAUAUAGAAAAUAUAAAUAAAAUAUUGUAGCCUUCUUAGAAGCCUUUUAUCAUGAGUUAAUCAUGGUUUCAUUUUGCUCUAAGGUCAAGACAUCCACUUACUGUCUCCUGUGAUGUUAAGGUUUCUAGGCUUUGUUAACAAACUUGGGCUUCCUGUAAUGAAACUUACUAGUACCUAGCUUUCUCCAGCCCUCAGUGCAAGCCUUUCAGUACCUGGAUCUUCUUACAAAGACUAAUGGUUCGCUCCCAUUUACUUUACUUCUCUGUGUUGAGAGAGAGAUAACACGUGUUAAACAAUGCUUCUUUCCUGUGGUCACUUUCUCUCUCCUUUCUCCUUCCUAGCCAGGUCCAAAAAAGUGUCAGGUGGUUUGUCUAGACUUGCUAGGACCCAGAACUCUCUCCGGUUUGCUUCUGUAUCCUCUACACUUUGACACACACCAUACGUCAGGAAAAUGCUUCUUGGUCAUUUAGGCUUCAGCUUACAUAUUUUCACAUUGAAUAGCUGAAGAUUAUCCUUUAACUUUGUGAUUUCAAGACCUUGUAAACCUAGAAUAAUAAGCCUCACCGUUUUGCUUAUUUAAUAUUCCAUAUAGUAUGUUUCUUUUUUUAAAUGAAGUCUUGAAAUCAAGUUGUAAUGAAUUAUGUUAAAGCACGAAGAAAUGACAACACAGGAGAAAGUACUGUUUGACAUAGCAAGUAAAUUGAUGAAACCAAAUAAAUGAUGGUAAAGAAUGAAAAAUUCUAAAAAGCUUCAGAUUAAUUUUUAUUAAAUUCCUGCAUGAUUGAUGUGUCAUGCACGAGGGAAGCCUUUUACGCUUUUACAUCCUAACUUUUAAAAAAUUACUAGUCUGUUUCUUAAUUCAGGAGUUUUUAAAGCCAGAGAUCAGAACCCUUUGGAUGUACUAGCAAAGUUAGGAAUUUGUAUGUAUGUACAGCUGCCCACUUUUUUCUGGAGGGAAAAUCCAUAGUUACAGAUUUAUAAAGGGUUUGGUGACACUUCCUUCCCCCCCCCCCCCCCCCCCCCCCCCCCCGCCCCCGAAGAAAAGUUAAGAACUGCUAACUUGAAAUGGUUUUAGUGCCACUGCAAGAAAUAGAGACCUGGAGUGAAUGAUUUAAGUCAUGAUGAAUGUCAAGUGCCUCUUUUUAUUUUCUUAAAGAUUCCAUUAGAAAAUACUUUCUGAUUAAUACUUUUCCUUUUCAUUCUGCUGUUGCAUUUUGUUUUUCCAGGUGGUGCUUUUAUCUAUUCUUCUCUUAUUUCAGCAGAGUAUUAAUCAAAUAACUGAGUGCCUAUUCUGUGUAGUGACCUGAGUUAGGUCUUGAGGGAUACAAGGUUGAAUGAAGCACAGAUCCUAUCGUCAAGGAUAACAGUCUAGUGACAGUUUUAUUUCAAACGGUUUCUAUAGGGUCAGCUCUUAAUAUAACAAUGAGAACAGCCAUAGCAACCAAGACUCAUUUUAUUAUUCAUUGCUCUGACAGUGGCAACAAAGGGUAUUAAAUAUUGAUAGCUGAAAUUUUUAAAUAGAUGAUAAUUUGGAAGGAGUGAAAAAAUUCUUACUAGGGAAGACAUACAUUCGUGAUUUAAUUUAAGUGUCUUAGUCGUAUAUGUAUGCUCAUGUCUCUAACUCUUAGUGUCCUGGGUGUUAAGUAGAGCUUUCUAUAUAUAUGUUCUUUUAAAGAAAACACUUGAAUGCAUUGUGGCUGUGCCCAUUUUUACUGACAUGGCUCCUAUUUGUACUGUGUUCCAAGCACCUUCAGGAUUGCCAGAGCUCUCUUUUGCUGUGAUACAGGUCCAUAGGGAGCUACUCCCACAGAGGCGUUGCCUCAGAAAGCCAAGAAAAAGGAAUGAAUUGCAGGUGCAUAGAAAUCUUAAAAUGAAGACCACUCUGUUAUAUGUGCAUACGUUAAAAACUGGGGGAUGUUUUAUCUCGUUGAGUUACAAGGUUUUAGAUUUUUUUAUUUGAUCUUGAAGUUUCCCCAAAUUUGCUUAAUUGGCUUUAAGAGAUGGAUACCAUACAGUUGAAAGCACAAUAACUUUUUUGAAAGAUUAUCUUAUCAAGAGGUGAUAGCCCAAAGCAAUGAUACCUGUGUCUUUUUCUAUAAAAUAUGGACCGAAACCAGUUGUCCAGUGUCAAGUCCUCUGCCCUUAGUGCUGUGUCUUGCUUCACUCAGCCUUUGUAUCUGAAUGAGUACCUACUACAUUGUCUCCUUGUGCUGAGUAAAUGGCAGUAAUAUAUGCAGGUAUUUACACAUGAAAUGUUUAGUGAACUAACCAAACACCAUGCUGAUACAAAAGGAGAAAUGGGAAUUAAAGAAGUUAAUGUAAGCUGGCUCAGGGAAAGCCUUCACUAAAAAAGUAUGGGGCUUUUUGAUUUUGAAGGAUGGCUGAAAUGUAGAUAAUGGAAGGGGGAAAUGCAAUAAUGGGAACAGAUGAACAAAGAACCAGGGACAGAGAUUGGAGUGGUCCCUAGGGGUUAGGAGAGAAGGACAGUAGGGAGAUGGACUCGUCUGAAGUGUACAGGUCAUACGGAGAGGUGGAGUAAGGGCUCAGAGCCUUGAAAACGAGAAAGAAUAGUUAAUUCAGAUGUGGAUAUGGUCAAUGGUAGAGAACUAUAGGUUCUUUGGUAAAGAUGUAACUUCAUUGUAGCAUUUUAAGAAUAUUAAUUUGGUAAUGUGUUUGCUUGAAAUGAAGAAAAUGUUCUAGUAUGUUAUUGCUGGCCAGUGCAAAUGAGAUGGCCUGGAUUAGGACAGUAAUAGUAUAAGAAUGGAGAAGAAAUUAUGAAUUAGAAGCCAGAAAACAUGAAAUCUAAGAAAAGUCCUUCAGGUUUGUCUAGGUCUCUGGUGAUCUUUAAAAUGUAACUUUCAUAAAGGUACAGAUGGAAGCCAGAUUCCUAGGAUUCAUGAGGAAGUGUCAAGGAUAUGGAUACAGAAUUUAUUGAUAACUUACUUAAGACAUUUGGUAACUAAGGGAAGGAGAAGAAUAAGAUGUUUAUUAGAUGGGUGGUAGGUAUUAGAAUGCAUUGCUUUCAGAUAAGGUGGAUAAAUAUUCCAAAGCAAAACAUAAAGGGCCAAUUGAGAGGAAGACUUGGACAGUGCUAAGGAGAAGGUAGGCCAAUCCAUUAGGAUUACGGAUUUUGGUAGUGCUGGGAAGAGAGAAGUUCCUGAGAUGAGGUUAGGUUAUAGGUUUAGCUUUAGAGAGGAGGGCCUUGUUCUCUGUAAGAACAAGCAAAAAAUCUAGCAGAGAGUAUGCAAGAGUAGAGAAAAUGAGAAUAGAGGAAAGGACUCAGAUCAGUAAUUAUUGAAUGCGUGGUGUGCGAGAAUGGGAGUGAAGAGCAGAGAUGGGAUUCUGUAAAGAAAGGCGGUCAAAUAAAUCUGUAAGAAUAAGCCUAGAAGUGCAUGAAAGAGAAAUUCGAGAAUUGCUGAGUAAAGAUAAGGAUCAAAUUUAAAACAUGUAGAGUUCAAAUAGGUAUGGUCUUGUAUGUUUCUCUGGUUGUGCACAAAGCAUCAAGGAUAGACAAAGCAAAUAUUGAAAGUUUGGUUAAAAGAAGAAGAAAGGGAUACAAAGAUAUUCAAGAAGACAGCAUUGAGGGGUGCCUGGCUGGCUCAGUCGGUAGAAUGCAACUCUUGACCUCGGUGUCAUGAGUUGAAGCCCCACAUUGGGCCUACAGCCUACUUAAAGAUUGUAGAUACAUAGAUACAUAGAUACAUAGAUAGAUAGAUAGAUAGAUAGAUAGAUAGAUAAUAAAAGUUUAAAAAGAAAAGAAGACAUCAUUGAAACACCUAAUCUUGUGGUCAAGAAGAGAAAGAACCAUUGGUGUGAGGGUGUUGAAGCGAGUUCAGUGACUUUAGAUUUUGGUGAGGAUAAAGAACAGGCAUAGUGUUGUUAAGGGACUGACAGAUUAGGAGACUGUGGUCAGUAUGUUGACCAUUCAGUAUUGAGCAGUGAGUGCAAACCAAGGAAAGGGUGGUAGAUAAAUGUCUAACAUUCCCCCUUUGGAAAGGUGGCUGGCUUUCACAACCCCUGUGAUCUCUUAUCUACUCACUUUUCUUCCAGUCAUUUCUUGAGAGUAAGAAUGCAGACUGCAUGAGAGAGAACUGAGAAAGCGUGAUACCACUUCGUGAAUCCUGGGUCAGGUUUUUGUAAGUCAGUGACCCAAAGGAAAACGUCCACAAUGGAAUAAACGUUUCUUCCUCAGCACAGCAGGGUGUGGAAGCAGAAUGUAGGGGAAGGCUUGGGAAGAGCCAGGGAUGAGACCGGACAGGUAUAGGUGAGCCCAGUGAGUGUGAGGGAUAGUAGACCUGUUUCAUGCUGUGGAAGAUUUAGAGGCAGUGGGUGUGGCAUGUGAUGAGGCAGAGUUGAAGAGCCCAUGUUACAAGUGUAAGCUAGUUUCUCCCAAGUGCAAAACUGAAAAGAACCAGCUUUCCACUUACAUAGGGAAAGUUUCUCUUCUUACUUGGUGGUACUGGGUCAUUCUGCUUUAUAUAGCAGAUUGGAAUUAAGUACUAUAUUUUUGAAGAGUAGCAAAGAAAUUCAGAACUUUAUCAUAGAAGAUUAUAAAAGCAUUUUGACAGUUUGCCCCUCCAGAGAAUAUGCUAUGUGAAUAGAUAUAAACCUGCAAGUUACUGAACUAAUCUACUCUUAAGGUUUGUACACUUAGAUGUGACCUUUAGGAAAAAUUGCUGAAGAUAAUAGUGAAAUAGGGAUGGAGAUAGAGAUAAAUGACAUUUUCCCCUCAUUUAAUUAAUAGCAAAUACGCCUAGUUUGGAAGCACUCUUAAUUUAUUGACAUUAAAAUAUAAGUCAUCACUGGACUUGUUUCAUAUAUGUCGGCUGAAAUAUCAACUAUGACAUGUAAAAGUGGUAAUACCUGAAAGGGCAAAUCAUUGCUCAGAAAUACUGUUUGUGAAACUGUGCUGAUGGAUCGAGAAGCCACUGCUGCUUAGAUCUUCUUUCUGCCCUGUGAUUUGCUGCCACGAGUAUUAUUCUUAGCAACCAUAUAUUGCUGGAUAUACCAGGCUUUAAUGCCAGUGGAACUCUCUCCAAAGAAUUAUCCUGAGAGUUCAGAAUUCAUAAGGGGAAUCUGUUCUGUUCCAUAGUGUUUUAGAGCAUCUACCCUGGGUUCGAGUUCCACAGAAAUCUAGUCUGUAACUGCUAGUUACCUAGAACUGAAGACAGGCCCAAGCAAUCUAAGCUACUUGAGAAUUGAACUGAAGUACCUGGAAGUUCCACGAAACAGCUGGAAAUAGCUGUACUGAAAGAACCAGUCCAUUCUUUCCAGGUUGCUUCAGACCAUACUUCCUAAGGCAGCCAUUGACUUUACUUUGUUCUUAGUCCACUUGACAUUUUAUGAUUAUUCGAAGGGUUCCUGGAAGCUCUAACUGACCCAGGAAAGCACCGUGCUUAGAACAGUGGUUUUGCUCCAGCUCGUGUUUGGUACCCAGGCCCACUGUUGUGCUCUUUUAAAAAGCAACACCACAAAAGCUUCCCCCCCCCCUCCAUAAAAUUUAUAAAGCCUUUAGAGCACUCAGUACCUUUUUUUGUUAUAUUGAGGUGAAACUCACAUAACAUACAAUGAACUGCUUUAAAGUGUACAAUUCAGUGGUCUAGUACUGUUCUUUAUCUCCGUGUUAAAAUAGCAAAAUAACGCACUCCAGCCGUGAGAAUUUUGACCAUUCCUUGUGGGGCUGUGUGCAUCUCAUCUAGUAGACUCGGUGUUUUUACCUUAUAGGCCGAAAGGCAAAUAUUAAACCUUCAAAUACUGCAUAACUCUUCACAACAGUAUUACCUAAGCUGUGGGUAGAGCAACUUUCAUAGACUGCCCUUUCAAAAGGGAGAAGAAGGCAAGGAGCUGUUAGGUAAAAGAGCUUUAGUGUACAUGUUUUCCUGAGUAGGUAAAAAGGUUUGAAGCACCUGUCUGAAUAGUUUUCAAAUGGCAAUAAUAAUCUCUGUGUCUUUGUGACAUUUGAUUAGUGUUAUGUAAGAAAAGGUUUGCUUAGCAAAGGUAUACUAUAAGCGUAGCUCUCUCUAUGGAUGUGAGCUUGAAAGUGUGUGUGUGUGUGUGUAGGUUUAUACUUAGUAAUUUUCAUUUAAAUCCACUUGGUGAAUGUAGCAGAGGAAAAAGUCUCAGGCCAUUUUUCUGCUACAUUUCGUAUUUAUUCCUGCUAUGUUCUGAUUAAUUCAUGUGUUUAGGAUAAAUGAUGCAUGUAUAGUCUGUUUCUAAAUUUAUUUUUAAAGAAAUACCCUAUUUAAAUGCAGUGAGGUUACAGUGUGGGUGCCCAUCUCACCUCUGGCCAUAUGUUAUAUGAACAAAUAUUUUCAUAGCUUUUUCUAAUCAGAUUUCACUCUCACUACUAAGCAUACCCAUCCCAUGUCACACUCUUUGGGAGAACCUAAGGAAAGGAUAGUAAGAAAACUUUGUAUUAGAAUAAAUUUCAGAGCUUUGAAAUCUGUGACAUAGUCUUUAACAAUCUGCCUUUUAAAGACUAAGUAAUAAUGAUAAUAAUAAACAAGGCUCAGAAGGAUUGUGAUUUGCCCAUAAUCACUUUCUAAAAACAAUGUAAAGUUCUCUUAGCCCUCACCAUCUGAAUUUGCUUUCAUACAUGUAACUCAAGGAGAAAAAAAACCUCAAGAUUCAGAAUAUAUCUCUUCUCUAAACUUU